AUGCAGGAACCCGGAGUUGCAGUGUCUCUACGUGUAUUCGAUCUAUCCGAAGGGAAGGCCGCUCUCUUCGCUCCUCUCUUCCUUAGAGACUGCAAGAAGGGCAUAUGGCACACAAAUGUUUGUGUAUACUCAAAAGAAUAUUUUUAUCAAUCAACGAUUUGUGUUUGCCCAAGAGGCAGCGGAUGGCCAGGAGAGAAACUUCUUACAGAUGAAAUCUCGAUGGGGAGGACACUAAUGAAGGAAGAAGACCUUGAGGCUUUCUUACAUCUACAACGAAGAUCUUUUACCCCAGACAGCUACGACGUUUUUUCUCAUAAUUGCAAUCAUUUCUCUCAAAGUGUUUUGCGGUUUCUUGGCGUUAAACCCUUGCCUGCAUAUAUAGCCACAUUACCUGACCGAGUGUUAGGGACAGUCUUAGGGCAAAUAGCAAAACCAAUUGUUGAGGCAUCUGUAAACCUCCGUCGUACAGCUGCAGAAGCAGAACUACAAGGAGAAGUAUUUUAUUAUGGUGGUGCUGUCCCUUGUGUCUCUAAUUGGAGAACAGCAGACAGCAUAAAUAAUCUAAAAAGAGCAGCAAGGAGACAGCAGCAAAUAUUAAGGCAAGAAAGAAGCAGCAGCAACCGUUCUGCUGCUGCUGCUGCUGCUGCUGCAGGUGUUGUUGAUGUCUUCCUAGAUAAAAACAUCUCACGUAAGGCCAAACGCAGCAGCAGCAACAGCAGCAGCAACAGCAGCAGCAGCAGCUCCAGCAGCAAGAGCAGCAGAAGCGCCAGCAGCAGCAGCAACAGCGUAGAGACACAUGCAGUAGGAGAUAAUUUUACAGCUGCUGCAGCAGAUUUGUCAGCAGCAGCAGCAGAAGCAGCAGCAGCAGCUGCUGCUGCUGCAGAGGACACAUUGGGCCUUCGUCUUGCCACUUGUCUUACAGAUGCAUGGAGGGGACGUAACGAGGUUGUUGCUGCUGCAGCUGAAGGAGCUUGUGCUGCUGCUGCUGCUGUUGCUGCUGCUGCAGCAGCAGCAACAGCAGCAGGAGCAGCAGGACAAGAAGCUUCAAACACGCAGCAAACAAAUGCUGUCAGCUUCCCGUCACCGUUAGAAAGAACAGCAGCAGCAGCAGGUGGUCCUGUUGCAGCCGGCGGCAGCAGCAGCACGAACAGCGGCAACAGCAGCAGCACGAACAGCGGCAACAGCAGCAGCAGCAGCAACAGCAACAGCAGCAGCAGCAAGCCAAGGAGUUAUCCAAGCUUCUACGCACCACGCAGACGAGUGCCUGACGUGUAUGCGAAGCACCGCAUGAGUCUGCAGCAGCAGAUGCUGCAGCAACAACUGCAGCAGCAGCAGCAGCAGAUGCUGCAGCAACAACUGCAGCAGCAGCAGCAGCAAAUGCUGCUGAAGAGGGGUCAAUUGAUGCCCUCCAGAGAAAGAGCAGCGCAAGCAACACCAGCAGCAGCUCCAGCAGCAGCAGCAGCAACAGCAGCAGCAGCAGCAGCAGCAGCAGCACGAUCCUCAUGGGGGAGACCUGAUGCUUGGCGUGCUGCGCCAACGUCUCCCCCACGGACGCUGCGCAGCAGCAGAACUGCUUCGAGCUGCAUUAGCAGCAGCAGCAACAGCAGCAAUAGCAGCAGCAGCAGCAGCAGCAGCAGCAGAAACCCAAAUGCAUGGCAGAGCACAGCGGCGUUAGAUGCCUUUCUUGAUAAGUGA